AUGGGUUGCACUGUGAGUGCUGAGGAUAAGGCUGCGGCGGAGAGGUCAAAGAUGAUUGACAAAAACCUCAGAGAAGAUGGAGAGAAAGCAGCAAGAGAGGUGAAAUUGCUUUUAUUAGGUGCUGGGGAGUCUGGAAAGAGCACCAUUGUAAAGCAAAUGAAGAUCAUCCACGAAGACGGCUACUCAGAAGAUGAGUGUAAGCAGUAUAGAGCAGUUGUUUACAGUAAUACGAUCCAGUCGAUCAUGGCCAUUGUUAAAGCCAUGGCCAGCCUCAAGAUAGACUACAGUGACCCUGCCAGAACGGAUGAUGCCCAGCAGCUUUUUGCUCUCGCUGCAGCUGCGGAAGAGCAAGGCAUUCUUCCUGAAGAUUUGGCCAACGUGAUCAGGCGGUUGUGGGCCGACUGUGGCAUACAGAGUUGCUUUACGAGGUCGCGAGAAUACCAGCUCAAUGACUCUGCAGCGUAUUACCUGAAUGAUCUGGAAAGGAUAGCAAAAGCAGAUUACAUCCCCACCCAGCAGGACGUGCUACGCACUCGGGUUAAGACAACCGGCAUCGUUGAGACUCACUUCACCUUCAAGGAAUUGCACUUCAAAAUGUUUGAUGUGGGAGGCCAGCGGUCAGAGAGAAAGAAGUGGAUUCACUGCUUUGAAGGAGUAACAGCCAUUAUCUUUUGUGUUGCACUGAGUGCAUAUGACCUGGUGCUGGCUGAGGAUGAAGAGAUGAACCGAAUGCAUGAGAGUAUGAAGCUUUUUGACUCCAUCUGCAACAACAAGUGGUUCACAGAAACCUCCAUCAUCCUCUUCCUCAACAAGAAGGACCUCUUCGAAGAGAAGAUUACUCACAGCCCUCUCACCAUCUGCUUCCCCGAAUACACAGGAGCCAACAAGUUUGAUGAAGCUGCCAGUUACAUCCAGACCAAGUUUGAGGACCUGAACAAGAAAAAGGACACCAAGGAGAUCUACACCCACUUCACUUGUGCCACUGACACCAAGAACGUUCAGUUUGUCUUCGAUGCUGUCACUGAUGUUAUUAUUAAGAAUAACCUGAAAGACUGUGGUCUUUUCUAAAGGACAGCACCCAUCACAAACUGCAUGAGAGACUGGAAUAGCCAUGUGACGAUUCCUGCUUUUCAUAAUGAAAACCAUGAUGUGUUCAUUUUUGUUUUUGAAAGAGGAACUUGUCAGAACUUCUGCAAUCACUGCUCCACAUUCACCUUCAUCCACAUUUCUCUUUGUAGGGAGUUUUUUUAUUCAUAAUAAACAAACACAUAAUUGGUCCUAAAACACAAUUUAUAUCGUAAUUUUAAACUGCAACACUUUAAUAGGAUCUAUAACAACAUAUUAUCUUUGUAGCUUUUGUUUGAAAUGCAAAACAUGACAUGUUAUCACAGCACAAUGGUGGUGGAUAUAGAGGAGAUUUUGAAAGAGUUUAAUCAUAAAUUGACCAUUUUAAUGCCACAUGCUCUGAUAGUUUCAUUUCAUUUUUCACUCAUUUUGUCUUGAUAUUGGCUGACAAAAAGGAAACAAAACAAAAAACUUUCUUUUUUAAAUAAAAAAAGCACAUGAACUUCUGUUAACAUUCAUUUUAAGACCCUUAUAACUGCACAGAGAUUAUUUUUUAGAAGAAAACUAAGCAUGGAAACAGAAACUGGAUGAAGGAUAAAUGUUAUUUUGUACACUGUUUACACAGAGUCAAUAUUCACACAUGUAUAGUGGAUCAUUCUGCAUGACCCUCCAUAGAUUAUUAGCCUGUAAUCUCCCCCCAUAAACUGAUUAACAACCCCAUAGCAUCAUGUUUAAAAAAAAAAAAAAGCAGAAAUGGUUAAUGUGUCACUUUUAAGGUAUAUGUAAGACUUUUAAAUGGUUAUGUCUGUUCCCAACAAGGAUUGUUCUGUCGGUCUUUUCAUUCCAAGUCUUUUUAAACAUAUGUUUGUGCCUUGAUAUCUGUUUACACUUGUUCUUUAGAGACAUGCCAUCUCCAGUGUGUGAAUUAGGGCUAUUUUUAUUCCACCCAAGUUCACGGGAUCUGAGAUUUAUGAUGCAACACCACACAAAGACAAAUGGAUGAUCGUUGUUCAUUAAUAUUAUUCUCUUGUUAAAUGUAAAUAAAGUUUGACCACAUUAACUUUUAGCUUCAAUGUGAUAUUUUAAGAAAGAAUGUAAAAGUUGUUUCUUCCAUCUUUGAAUCUGGGCCAAUGAUUUGAAAAAUUGUAGCCCUCUGCAAAAAUUUUUUAAAAACCUUACACAAUCUCACACUUUGACCCCUAAUUUUAGUAAAUUUCUUCAAGGAGAAAAUUUUUUUUUUUUAGAACUAAAUGUUUUUAACAAAAUAACAAUCCUUUUAAAAAUGAAGUCAUGCUGUACUUUUUAAGGUUGAAGAAAUAAGUAUGUUAGAUAAUGGAUGGAUGUGUCCUUGAGGUAUAUCAGUAAGGUGACACAAUUAUAAUUUUUUUAUAAUUAGCGGCCACUAGACUGCACCAAAACGUGUAUUUGUCCUGUCACCAAGUCAUUAAGACAACUGUCAAGUCAGCCUUCUCUUUAACUGUGUAACAUAACAUUUUUGUAUCAAAAAUAUGUUUUUGGGUCAUUUGUAAAGUAAUAUUUAUCUUUUUGGGUAAAUAUAUAUUGGCUUUUCAUUAGCUGUGAGUCUUAAACAUUAAAAUUAACAGAGAUAAACAUCACAGUGUGUCUAAUGACUUUGACAUGAGUUUUGCUUUUUGAGCUUGAAUAACUGAAAAUAACUUUUUAAAAUUCAAAGUAAACAUUUAUAUUUAAUAUUUUAUAUUUGGGACUUAAAAUUUACUGAGAUGGCUCUGUUAAUACCACACAUAUUUAUCAGGUUUUGGUUAAUCUAUCACAUCUGGUAAUGAGUUCAGUAUCUUUGGUUUCAUAGUUCUCGGGUUGCUAAGGAUUCAUUUUCAAACUCAAAUUUGGUCUAAAACUCACAGACACUCACAAUAUUUUGGACCUUAGAACAGUAGGUACUCUGAAAGCAAACAACCAUGUUACCCGCCACUUCAUUUGACUGAAUUAUAACAUUUGUAACAAUUGUUUUGCAUUAAAGAUUUCCAACGAAUUCUUUGCUUUUACUCAAAUGACAGUUGAGGGAUAGAGAAAAAUAUCCAGCAGGUGGCGCCGUGGAGUUUAGUGACGAAGUUACUCUGAGCAAUAUUUGGAUGACAUUGAUUCUGAGUUAAAUCGGACAAAAAUAUUAAUUCAUAAGCUCUAUUUUAUGCCCCGUCUUAAGCAGAAACAUAAUCUAAAACUGUUAGAUGUGAAAAUUAGUGACCUGAGUUGUAGUUUUUGUUAAUAAAUCACAGCUUCAAGUGCUGCAAACUUUUUGUUAGAAUACUGGCAACAUGUUUGUUAAAUUACAAUUAAUUCAAUACUCUGCAGAAAACAAUAUUGUAAAUAUUCCAAUAAAAGGUAAGUAUUACAAGCAAAAGUGUCAUAAACUACAGUCAACAGUGAUGACAUAAUUCCGAAUGAUAAAAUGUUUCUAUUGUACUAUAAGUCUGGAUUUUUUGUGCAGAUCCAGAAGCGCAGUCAGAAGAUAGACUAGCGCGGUGAAAUUUACUCUCAGUAACACGCUGUAGUUGUUGUGAACAUUGCAUUGUUUCAGACAGCAUCCUAUUGGCUGGCUUUGUUCAGUGCUCUGCGCUGAUUGGGUGCAGUAGAAACAUUAAGAGAAGUCAAAUUGAAGUGACAGAGCUUCAUGAGUGUUAAAGGAGGAAGUUGAUGCCAGGAGACACAUCAUCGCCUAGAAUCUGCUUGGAUGUGUUGGACUGUUUAUUGCGCUUAAGUUAACUUUAAAG